UCUCCCUCUCUCUUUCAUCUAGCGACUUGCUCUGGGACAGCACAGGCAGUUUCUUCUGCUCUUUGAAAAUAAUCAAUGGCAAUUUUUUGAAGGAGGGGGAGGAGGGGAAGAAACAUGCUGGAGGAGAGAGCGUUGUCCCCGGAGAGUACAGAGGAGGUGGGACAAUUAUUGAGCAUAGCCCAGGGCCCAAGUUCCCUUCCUCGGGUCACUUUUAAUGCUCCAGAGAAACCAGAAGAAGAAACGUCCCACAGGAGGCUGGGCAAAUUAACCAUCAAGUAUAACCGAAAAGAUCUUCAGAGAUGGCUAGAUCUGGAGGAGUGGAUUGAUGCCCAGUUGCAAGAGCUGUAUCAGUACCAGUUGCAGGAGGAGACAGAAGUCACAGCCGCUCCAGAGCCAGAAAUCGACAUUGAGGAUCUUCUUGACGUCUCUAAUGAGGAACAGAAAUCUAAACUGCAGGAAAUUCUCCAUGAGUGUUCCAGACCUACAGAGGACUUUGUUACAGAACUGCUCGAUCGAUUGAAAGGUCUCAGGAGAAUGGCCAACAAUCAAAAGAAAUGAAUCGCGAUGACAGAAACCAGUAACACAAAAUGCAUCAUCCCGUGGAAGAGAAUUAUCAGAAGAAACAAGGAUGGAAUUCCAGCGCUGCCUGAUAUCGUACACAUCAGAUUCCAAAGCAUCCAUCUUCAUUCUUCCCUUGGAUUCCUACCUGCAAGCAGUAGCUUGUGUGUGGGAGGCAGAGGUCAU